AAACUCUGAGGUUCAUCGAGUUCAUCACAAUUUUUUGACAUAUCGGCAGCGGUUCGCACAAGUCACUCGUGUAUUUGCAGAUUUGAAUGUUUACGUUGCAAGCAACCGGAUAAAUUGAAAAUGGUUUUCUAUUUUGUCAGUAAUGUGGUGUCGCCCGCAUUUACCUUGUUCAUGGGAGCGGAAAAGCACGAAAACGAAGAGCUAAUCAGAUGGGGUUGGCCCGAAGACGUCUGGUUCCAUGUCGAUAAAGUGUCAUCAGCCCAUGUCUAUUUGAGAUUGCAACCGGGCCAAACUAUAGAGGACGUUCCAUUUGCAGUUAUUGAAGAUGCAGCCCAAUUGGUCAAAGCGAAUAGCAUCAACGGCAACAAAAUGAACAACGUCGAUGUCGUGUACACCAUGUGGGAGAAUUUGAAGAAAACACCGUCCAUGGAUGUGGGGCAAGUGUCAUUCCAUCGUGAAAAGGACGUGAUGAAGAUACGGGUUGAGAAGAGAAUCAACGAAGUGGUCAAUCGAUUGAAUAAAACUAAGAUUGAAUCGCAUCCAGAUUUCCGUGCUGAACGGGAAAAGCGCGAUGCAUCUGAACGAUCCGAUCAAAAGAAAUUGUUGCGAGAUCGAAAGGAACAGGAGAAGCUUCAACAGAAGCAGAAAAUGGAGGAGGCCGAGUUGCGAUCUUACUCAAGUCUGAUGGCCGCCGACAAAAUGACAUCGAAUAAAGAUGAUGGUAACGAUUCUGAUGAGUUCAUGUAAUGAUUGUAACUAACGGAUGUACAUUCAAUUAUAAAACUAUUUCGUA